AUGUCCCGCCCGGCCGCCGCCCUCGCAACCCACAAGCUCCUCCGCGCCUUCCACCACAACCCCGCGCUGCCCCGGCACACAUUCUACUUCCUGGCCUCGGUCGCCUUCUCCGCCCUCAACCGGCCCGACGAGAUCCCGCGCGUCUGGCGCUAUGCGCUCGAGAACGUGGCCAUCCCGGGCAGCGCCGAGGAGGACUAUGUCCGCAGGGAGCUGGCGGCGGGCGGCGCGGGGAAGCGGGGGGAGGAGGAGGAAGAAGAGGGAAGGGAGAGUGCGCUCGUCAUACAUCGGAAGAUAAGGGAGGCGCUGUUGAAGAGUGUGGUUAUUUGCGGGUUGCCGGUGACCAUCAACGCCCUCACCGCCCUCUCCACCGCCACGCCCCCCCACCUGCACCUCCCCUCCCCCACCUCCCGCCGCGCCGCCCUCGCCUCCCCGCCGCACCCCCUCCUCGCCCGCGGCAACGCCCUCUUCAGCACCCUCUACGGCAAGGUCACCCCCCGUGUCAUGGGCAGCAUGGUCCACGCCUACGACGACCUCGGCGUCGUCGCCGAACUCCUCUACGCGCACGUGCUCAGCAACACGGCGGUGCUCGGCGCGCGCGACACGAGCCUGCUUGUUGUCGCGGGCCUGGUGCCGCAGGACGUGGAUCCCCAGCUGAGGGGCCAUGUCAAGGGCGCGGUCACGAACGGGGCGACGGAGCGCCAGGUGGCGGCGGUGAGGGGGCUGGCGGAGGAGUGUUGUCGGGUUGCGGGGAGGGGGGUGCCUGGUGCGAAGCUGUGA